AUGGCGACUGCUUCACAACGAAAAAAAAUUGAAAACAACGACGAGAAUCGUUCAAACGUCUUCAAAACAUCGCUUAAACAAAAAGUAAGAUUUGAAUCUCGCGUCACAGAUGAUCAGGAUUCAACUGAAGAUGAAUCCAACUUCACUGAAGAGCAGAACAAAUCAACUGAGCAAAGAUCCUCAUCAAAUCGUGGUAUUUCGAAUCGAAUUCACAAAAGAAAAAUGCCGGUGCGUCGACCGACAGCAUACGUCUCCGAUAAGAACGUUGUCGAAGAUAAAAAUGAUGACGAUGACGAAGAUGAACUAGACGAUAGGGAGCAACAAGCACCUUCGCCAGACAUCCCAAAGUUCUCCACUUUGGAACAAAAACUCCGCGAGCUAUCCAUGAAAUAUAGACAGCAGGAAUGUUCUCCAGAGAGAACUAGUUCUGUUACGCUAACUAAAAGUAAUAGAGCCACGUGUGGAUCAUAG